AUGAGAAAUGGUUUAGAAGGUAAAAUAUCACUGCAAAAUGUAUGCGUGAAGAAAAGAAAUCAAUCGAAUCGAAAGGAACGACGACGAAAUGAGGAAAUGAAUCUUGCAUAUGCUCGAUUACAGCGCUGUGUACCACAUAUUCCACAUGAUCAAAAAUUAGCCAAGAUUAAAACUUUACGACUUGCUACUCUUUACAUUAAACAUUUAGAAGCAGUAAUAGAUGGAUCCGUUCGGGUUCGUUCUUCAUCAUCACAUGAAUUACGGCCACUUGAAGUGGAAGAUUUCGCAUCAAUUGCGAUGGCUGAAAUACAAGCGAGGAAUAAUUACAAGGAUCUAGCAGAAAAGGAAUUACGACGUGGUAUUCGAACUGAAGAUAUUUGUCGACAAACCGUAUCAGAUCGUUAUGCAUUGCCGGAAACAUCACCGAAAAAUCAUUUCUCAUCAGUAGUACGAUCUUAUCCAUCAUCACCGACAAUAGUUCAUAAUAAUAAUACAGCUUCUCCUACAUUAAUUCAUAAUAAUGCAACCCCUCCGUUAGUAAUUAAUAAUCAUUUACCUCAAAUUUCAUCCCUUCCUGGACAAUAUAUCAUUGAUAAUUUGUAUUGUUUUCCCUUUCCUAAUUAA